CGGAAAAUAAAGACUCGCGCUGAUAUCGUAAUUUCUUUAGAAACCAAGAAAAUAAAAUCGAAAACUCUAAUUUAGAACAGCACCAAAAUUCUUUUUUUCGAGCGACACGAAUUUAGGGUUCGCUAAGGUUCAAUUAGCUUCUAUCUGCCCAAAUCCAAACAGUGAAAGUUCGUAGAUUUGCAUUGGAUUUCUGUUGCGCCCCAUUUUCAUUCCGCUUCGCCCAAUUUCCAUUCCUUAAUUUCAACCCCUUCCCCUAAGUUGCCUCACAAGCUUGUUUAAUUAGUUUCGUAAGAUGCAAACGGGAAAGCCAAGUUCUUCAGCAGUUAUUGGUAAGCAUUCUGAGCCUGAAAAGCCAGUUGAAUCUGAUGAGAAGGUCAACCUCGAAGAAGAAAAUGAUCCUGAGGAAGAAAUGGAAGAAGAGAUUGAAUAUGAAGAAGUAGAAGAAGAGGAGGAAGUGGAAGAAAUAGAAGAGGAGGUGGAAGAAGAAGAGGAGGACCCAGAGGAGGUAGAGGAAGAGGAGGAAGAGGAGGAAGAGGAGGAGGAGGAGGAGGAAGUGGAAGAAGACACUGUGCCAACCCAAAACAUUGAUGAUGAUGAGAAGAAGAAACAUGCUGAACUUCUUUCUCUUCCUCCUCACAAGUCUGAAGUUUACAUAGGUGGCAUUCCUCUUGAUGCUGUAACGGAAGAUUUAAAAGAUUUUUGUGAGCGUAUUGGGGAAGUUGUACAGGUUCGAAUAAUGAAAGGAAAAGAUUCUUCGGAGAAUAAGGGUUUUGCUUUUGUGCUUUUUAAGAAUGUAGAACUGGCUUCUAGAGCCAUUGAGGAGCUGAAUAAUACUGAAUUUAAGGGUAAAAAAAUAAGAUGUUCUACAUCUCAAGCAAAAAAUCGUCUUUUUAUUGGGAAUAUUCCUAGAAGCUGGGGCGAUAACGAUCUAAAAAAGGUUGUGAGUGAGAUAGGACCUGGUGUUACCGCUGUUGAGCUAGUCAAGGAUAUGAAGAACAUUAUCAAUAACCGCGGUUUUGCUUUUAUUGACUAUUAUAAUAAUGCAUGUGCUGAAUAUUCAAGGCAAAAGAUGAUGAACCCAACAUUUAAGCUUGGUGACAACUCCCCAACAGUGAGCUGGGCUGACCCAAAAAAUGCUGAUUCCUCUGCUUCAUCUCAGGUAAAGGCAGUAUAUGUGAAGAACCUUCCUAAGAAUGUAACUCAAGAGCAGUUGAAGCAGCUUUUUGAACACCAUGGGAAGAUCACAAAGGUGGUUCUUCCACCACCAAAAUCUGGUCAGGAAAAGAACAGAAUCGGCUUUGUUCAUUUUGCAGAGCGAUCAAAUGCUAUGAAAGCACUAAAGAAUACUGAAAGAUAUGAAUUAGAUGGUCGAAUGUUAGAGUGUUCUCUAGCAAAGCCACAGGCUGAUCAGAAGGCUGUAGUAACAAAUACACUGAAUCAAGGAUUGCUUCCAAGUUAUCCACCACAUAUUGGUUAUGGUUUGGUUGGUAAUCCCUAUGGUGCACUUGGUGCUGGAUAUGGUGCUCCUGGUCUUGCACAGCCUUUGAUGUAUGGACCCGGUCAAACUCCCGCUGGAAUGGCCAUGAUGCCGAUGCUUCUGGCUGAUGGACGCAUUGGAUAUGUCUUGCAACAGCCAGGAUUGCCUCCACAAACCCCGCCUUCACAUCAAAGAGGUGGCAGGAGUAGUGGCGGUGGCAGUAGUGGUGGGAGUGGCAGCAGGAAUACGGGCAGUUCAAGUAAGGGAAGGCACAGCAAUGAUAAUGGUCAUGGGCGAAGAUACCACCCUUAUUAGCCUGUCUUUGACUUUAUUUAUUUUAUCAUUGUGGGAUGAUAUAGUAUUGUUUUUCAUUAAAUAUUUACUAUUUAUCUGCAAGUUCAGUCUUGAUUACAUUCAUGAUUUCAGGGAGUUUUAAUGUAUGACUUCUUUUAAGAUUUUA